CACACACACACACCAUCCAGUUAUCCAUCCAUCUAUCCUGCGUUAAUUCCAUACAUUCAUCCAGCAAUCUCUGCAACCAACUAACAAUCCAUCCAUGCAACUUUUUUUCUGUUAUAGAUAAAGCCAUAGUUAUAUAUUAUUCAGAUUUAGCUGCAGUAGGCAUGCUUGAUAAAUUAUAUGUAUGUUUUCGUUUCUAGAUAAAAAACUUGGGUUUUUGCGAACCAGUUCAAGUUUUCAAAAACAAUUUGAAUUUUAGCAAAGUUUCAUCGCUUGAUAGUUAGUAGCUAGUACCACUCAACGAAAGCUUAGAAGAAGCUCUCCAUUUCCAAAUGCCGCGUUUGAAGUUUUAACGCUGAAUAGCUCAUUGUUUUGAGCCGUGUAAAAAAGUUCGACUGCUAAAAGGCGCAGUCGCAAUUUGGCUGCUCCUUUGCCUAUUAUUACUAUUUACUUCUUAUAAGAACCACGAUGUUUUUUCGGUCCUGUAGAUGUUCUUAAAUAAUGAUAGUUGACAAACUGACCAAAGCAGUUCUGUCAGACAUUGUUAAUGCAUUACGCAGUGGAGGAGUGAUAGCAGUUCCGACAGAUACGAUAUACGGAGUGGCGUGUCUCGCCCAGUCUGCAGAGGGAAUCAGCAAAAUCUAUUCUAUCAAAUGCAGAGAUAACUCGAAACCGUUGGCCAUUUUGGUGCCAUCUGUGCAAAGUAUUGAAAAAGUUGCAGUUGUAAAUGACGAUACAACGAUGAGUAUUCUGCGAAAAUUGUUGCCUGGCCCUGUGACAGCUGUUUUAAGAAGGCAGACCAGUUUAAAUCCUGGGUUGAACCCAGAGAUUUCUUCUAUCGGGGUCAGGGUGAUAGAUACAGAUACUUUGACUCAGUUAAUGAGCGAGGUCGCCGAGCCCUUGGCUCUAACAAGUGCAAAUGUCAGUGGGAAAAAGAGCUCUCUUUGCAUCAGUGAUUUCGAAGAAAUUCAUUCCAAGAUUGAUUUCAUCAUAGACGGGGGGAACCUGGAAACUCCACGAGACGGAAGUACUGUUAUAGACUUGACAAUACCAGGAACAUAUCACAUUGUCCGAAAAGGACAACAAUUUGAAAACACGUUGUCAGUAUUGCAUGAUUUCGGCCUUGAGAGUGCCUAGAUUGUGGUUGUUUUUGUACAUAUUGUAGAAAAUUUACUUUCUAUCUGUGUGAUCAGUGAGAGCUUAAUAAGUGAGCGUUUGACCAGCCGAAUUUUUUCUUCAACCAACGCAUUGGCUUGGGCCGAUUUCUGCAAGUGUUACCAAAAACAUAUUUGACAUUGCGAU